AUGUGCUACUCCAAGGUCCAAAAAGGCAUAAAAAAGCUGGAGGACCGCUUCGACGACACCUUGACUGAUAUUGCAAUUGCUCACUGUGAGGACAACCAGGAAUGUGCUCCCUUACUUCCGGAACUGCAGCAGGAACUGCGUAACAGAAUCCGUAGUGAAGUCCUCCCUGGACAGGAACCAGUCCCGGAGCAGGACUCUGAGCCUGAAGGAUCGCACAACGGAAGUACAGGGGCCCAGAAGCCUGAGGAGAGCUUUGGGGAACGGGUACUGAGGUUGUUCCGAGAGAUGCUAAGUCGACAGAAGAAGAAGUGGAAGGAUGUGCUGGCCUCGGUUUUUGCCUCCUUUGUCAAAGUGAUGAAGACCGUCUGGAGUGUGAUUGAGAGUUUCUUCUCUAGUGUGGCAAAGUGUUUCUCAAGUUUAUGCCAGGCCUAA